CGUUCUUGUAUAAUUAUCGGCUGCAAAGUUCAAUCGACAGUUCAAAGAAAAGCAGUCGAAAACCUUCAUUCCAAAAGGCCAUGGAGGAGGAGUUUUAUCUUGAUGAUGUAGAGGAGGAGGACAUAGACGAGGAAGAUCUGGUGCUGGGAGAUGAGGAUGAUGUCACAAUGGUUACAAAACCAUUACUAAAUGACGAACAAAUUCAUGUCUGCAGUACAGAUACAAAACCUACUCAGAGAAUAACAAGAAUGGCUUUGAGAGUCUUUUUUCAGUUUGUUUUCAGCCAUGGAAUUGAGUUGGACCUUAAAACGGCAAGCAAAAAAGAAUUGUCUGAUGUUUUGAAACAGUUUUUCUUAGAAGUUAGAAAAAACGAUGGACAAAUGUACAAAAGGAAUGCGCUAAGGGCUAUUAAAUUUGGAUUGAAUCGUGGUUUUAAAGUAAAACGUGAAGAUUUCAAUUUCAAUGAUGUAGAAUUCGUUCCUGCUGUUAAAGCGUUCAAGCAAGCCCUGAAUGAAUUAAGAAUUUAUGGGAAAACUGUUGAUCCUAUUGAAAGAUUAAGUAUCUAUGAUUUGGAGAAACUGUACAGUGGUAAUGGGCUAGAUAUAAAUAGGCCCACCACCUUACAAUGGAAAGUUUUCUUUGAUAUCCUGUUCUUUUUGCUCUGCCCAAAAGGUCGAGGUAACUUACGCAUGUUGACACCCUCUCAUAUUAGCAUCAAAUUCAACCAAAACGGAAGGAAGUAUGUGCAGAUUGUUUUAAAUGACAAUGACAGUAAUUCUUCUGGUCAGCAUGGUCAAGAUACGUUGGAACCAGCAGUCACAAUGGAUGACCGUCAAGGUGCAGGCUGUAUGUUUGAGUUACGUGGUCAUUCUAAAUGUCCUGUUGCCUCUCUAGAAAAGUACUUAUCCAAGUUGCCAACAAACUGUAACUUUCUUUUUGCUCAGCCUAGUGACCGUGCAAAUACCUGUGACCACAAUUUUAGCCAAAUGGGCUGCUGGUAUCAUAACUCACCUGUCGGGAAGAACAGCCUUGGUGUAAUGAUGAAGGAACUAUCAAAAUACGCUGAACUUUCAAAGAUAUAUUCAAACUUUUCUGUCCAUGCCACUGGCUCUUCAGUUCUGAAUUAUAAAGGUUAUGAUAUAAAAGCUUUCUUAGAUGUUAGUAAAGGUUAUGGCAGACAAUUUUCUAUGUUCAAUGACCUGGAUGUUCGAGAGAAAAUAUCAGAUAUACUGAUGGAAACUUUAAUUCCAAAUUCUACGAAUGUACAGGGAAGUGGUAUAACUACAAUAAAAAUACAAAAUCCUUUUGUACCAGUGGUAAUACCUUCUCAGCAAGUAGUACCACGAACAAUAGCGCUUGUUUCAAGGACCCCCCAAGUUGUAAUCCAACCUUUGAUGUCCAGUACACCACCUACAAUACAGAAUAGGCCAAGGACAGUAUGUAUUCAGCCGAGAAGUUCAGGUCCAAGUCCUGUGAUGCCACUGGUUCAGACAUUUCAACAAAAUAUUGUUCGUCCAGGUCUGAUUCAAAUGCGCUUUCAGAAUCCACAAGAUAGACAAGUUUCUACAAACUCUCAACCCUUACAGCAAAUUGUGAUAAAACAAGAACCAAAGGAUCCAGACAGUCAAACCUCACUGAAUUCUCCCUUCACCGAGUCUAGUCAAUCAAAAACACACAUGGCGACUUCAACAAGUCAGAACAAUAUACCAGCCUGUCCUCCAAUGAAACCAGGAACAAUAUUGAUCUCUGACAAUUUUACAGGGGUGGUAACUCCAUCUCUUUUUUGUCAAUCAGGGGAUUCUCCACCUAGUAAAUCAUCUGUUUCUAAAAAAGACCAGUCUUUGGUUGAGCUACAACAGGAAGUAACAAACUUACAAAAACAACUCAAGCAGAAGGACACAUCACUAGAGGACUCUUCAGUCAAGUUAAAUGAUUUAGAGGUAUACUCUGGGGAAUACAAAAGACUUUUACAAGACUCUAAAAUUCUCCAGCAGUUCCUGUCUGCUAGUCAGGAAAAGAAUGCAGACCUCAGAACAACAAUUGCAAAAUUAAAACAGGAUAAAGAAUGUGUGAAUGAUUCUAAUAUAUGUACCUCUUUUGAGAAAAUGUGUUUGAAUAGGCCAAUAUUCAAGCAUUACACAGGGUUUACUCCAGAGGAGUUCCAAAUAUUGUUUACAUUUUUGAUUCCAGACAGCACUCAUGUUCCAUACAGGGGAGCAGGACACAGUUUGUCAGCCAGGUCACAACUUUUGUUGACACUGUUUAAAUUUAGACAUAACUUUACCUUCAUAGACUUAGGGCAUCGUUUUUGUCUGUCUAAAAUCAAGGCUAAGAAUAUAUUCUGUGCCUGGUUAUAUCAAAUAUCAGAUAGAUUUCAGGAUGUGUAUAUAUGGCCACAUCGCGAAACCCUCAAAGCUCAAGUUCCAAGACACUUUCAACAAAAUUUUCCAAGCACCUUUGUUCUGCUUAAAAGAAUAAAAAUUAAAGUUUUCCAGGAAAGGAACAGGGCAAAUUAUAGCAGCUUGCCAAGUGAUGAGGCUUCUAAGAAAUCAGAGAAAACUCGACAUGGUAUUCUGGCAGUUGAUCCACGUGGAUCUGUCAUUGGAUGCUCCGGAUUGGUGGCUGGAAAUUUGUCUGAUUCAGAACUUUUUGAAAAUUGUGGACUUAAGAGACAGUUAGUUACCCUUAUGACCAAUGGCAAGCUAGACAAUGGGGAUGGAAUAUUGUGUGAGGGUUUAGACAUAGAAAAAGACCUUAAUGAGAUAGGACUUAAGUUAAAUGAUGUAGCAUUUAUGAAAUGUGAUAUUUCUGAUCAACUAAAAACUAUGCUGCAGAGGCAGCAUGUUCAGAACCACAAAAUAUUGGUGGACAAAGCUGUGAAUCGAUUAAAAAAGUUUAGAAUUAUUUCUCAGACUGUGUCAUCAUGUUUAUCAGUAUCGUGUGACAAAAUCUUUCAAGUUACAGCAUUUCUUACAAAUUUCCAACCACCUUUGACCUUUGAUGUCACAUCUGACACUUAAAGUUAAAAGUAUUUAAGAUAAUUUUACUUUCAUUACAAAUGUUUUUCUGAACAUUGUAGUUCCGAACAUCUGACACUUAAAGUUAAAAGUAUUUAAGAUAAUUAUAUUGUUAUUACAAAUGUUCAUCUGAACAUAGUAGUUAUGUUAAUGAUUGCCAUUACUUUGUUUACUUAAUUCUAAGAUAAACUUAAUGUUACAUUUAGAGACAGGAAGUAUUGGAUCAUAAAAUAGUAGAAGACGAUUUAUCAAGAUUUGUAACAAAAUAAGCCGAAUAUUAGGCUUGAUUGCAUUUCAUCAGUAAGACUUGAUUUAGUGAAGAAAAUUACGUGAUUUUUUUGUGUUUUUCAACUGUUUCUAUAUGGCAAUGAUAAAAAAAGAAGCAUA